UGAGACCGUAUUAAUAGCGCGUUUUCGAGUGUGUAUAGGUUAAUAGAUUUUGACUUUUCGGCCUUUUCGCUAUUCCGCUGCAUGGAUUUGCAUCCUCAGAUUCGUAGAAUCUGAAAUCUAAAAUCCAAAGGCGAAGAAGAAGAAAAUUGUCGUUCCGAAAAUGAUCUCGAUUCGGACGUGUUUGUUACGUGUUUGUGGACUUUUGAGAAAUUCGCCAAGAAAUAUUCCAUCUGCGAGCAACGAUACACGUAAUUUAUUUACCGUCGACUUACAUCUAUUGAAGACGCACAUUCCUUUGAUACGCGAUACAAGGAAUUCGACAUUUUUCGUAAAUAAAUCUGCAGAUGAAUUGUGGAAAGGUGUGACGAGUGUCAGUAAUGCGGGAAGACGUAGAGGUAGAGCAAAAGGCUUGGCGAGAAAAAGAGAUUUAAAUAAGGGUCAAAUAAUAGGUGUAGGAAAAAUUCCGAUACAAUUUCCUGGUCUCAAUACUCCUGUAUUUAGAGGAAGGGAACUUAUGCAACAGCAAAAGCUGCCCCUGGAUCCCGAAAGGGAGGAAAAGCUCGCCAAGUUACGGCAGAACUACCAGACUGGACCAAAGCGGACUAAAUUAUCGCCGUUGGAACGUGGUUGGACUAGCGUCCAAAUGGGUGGCAGAAAGAUUGGACCACCCGAUCCUAUUGGAGAAGAUACUUUUGAUGGCUUUGAAACUUGGAUAUUGGAAAACAAAUUUGUAAAUUGUAUGACUGGCAAUUUAGGACGCAAGAGUAAGAUCAGCGUAUUUGUCGUAACAGGAAAUGGAAAUGGUCUGGCUGGAUUUGCGCUAGCAAAAGCGCCUGCGCAGAGAGCAGCCAUAAAAACAGCUAAGAAUAGGGCAGGUCAAAGAUUGAUGUAUAUUUCUAGAUACAAGGAACAUACUGUAUUACAUGACUUUUUCACACAAUUUGGAGCCACAAAGAUAUUCGUAAAGAAAAUGCACGAAGGAUAUGGACUUGUUUGUCAUCGUGCGAUAAAAGUAUGUUGCGAAGCCAUUGGCAUAAAGGAUAUAUAUGCCAAAGUAGAAGGUCCCAUAAAUUUACAGCAUAUUAUUAAAGCUUUCUUUAUUGGUUUAUUGCAACAAAAAUCAUAUCAACAACUAGCGGACGAAAAACGAUUGCACUUGGUUGAGUUUAAAUCGGAAAAUGGAAAUUAUCCAGUAGUGAUCGCUUCGCCAUCGGAAGUUAGAAAGCCAAAAGAAGUAUCGUCCCGUGAGACUCUCGAUUUUACUCAACAUGUUUUAGGUGGCAAAGUAAUAUUGCAAAGAAAGAAGCAUCCGCCAUUCUAUACUAAACUUCCACUUUACAAAACAAAAUUAUUAAAAUUGGAACGAUCGAGGCAUUUUGAUGAAACGAGAAUAAGGCUAAUGGCAGAGCAUGGAGCGUUGCAUAGUUUUCUGACUGAAAAGUAUCCGGAGGCGAAGCUGCGUCCUAAAUCGAAGCAAAUGAAGAAUCUUGAAACGGAAGAAUAAACAAGAGUGUACUCGAUUGUUAUGUCUUAUAUAUAAAUGUAAAUCUAAAAUAAAGUAUGGUUAGGAAAUUAA